AUGUUUGCUAACAAGUAUUACAAACACGAUAUAGAAAAUGCUUUCGCGAUGAAUCGCUUCUUCUUUCGUUUAUUAGGCAUAUGGCCAUUUACACACGCAAAUUUGUUUCUUCUGGAGCUGAUAGAGACGGUCGCACUGAUCCUCAUGUGUUUCACGUUCCUUUUCUGCGAAUUGAUUCCGACUAUGCUCUACGUAUUUUUGGUGUUGACAGACUUUCGUUUGAGGGUAAAAGUUAUGGCCAGCGGACUAUUUACGUUAAUAGAAAUCCUCAAGUACAGUUGUACCCUGCUAUACAAGAAUCAAGUGCGAAACUGUUUAAAAUUUGUUGAUGAGGACUGGCGAAACGUUAUCAAUCCUAGUGAUCGCAUCUCGAUGAUUGACAGAGUCAGAACUAGCAAACGUCUCAUUAUGAUGUGUGCCACAUUUGUGUAUUUAACUGGCAUGGUUGUCCGAAUAAUAGUACCUCUUUCAAUAGGAAAGGUCGUUACUUCUGAAAAUAUCACUAUUAGACCACUACCUCACGUUGCCUAUCUUGUUAUACUUGAUGUGCAGCGUAGUCCAGUUUACGAAAUCGUAUAUUUCAUACAAUUUUUAGCAGGAUUUAUAAAGUACACGAUUUCGAUUACAACUUUUAGUUUUAUGACACUUUGCGCGAUGCACUUUUGUGGGCAGUCUGACAUAUUUGUAACGUUGAUAAACGAUUUCGUGAAUGAGAAUCAAUCAAAAAACGUGAACAGAAGAUUGGCUAUUGUUGUGGAGCGUCAAAUCAGAAUAAGGAAGGUGAAAGUUAUGGCCAGCGGACUAUAUACGUUAAUAGAAAUCAUCAAGUACAGUUGUACUCUGCUUUACAAGAAUGAGGUGCGAAACUGUCUAAAAUUCGUUGAAGAAGACUGGCGAAACGUUAUAAAUCCGAGCGAUCGUGUCUCAAUGAUUGAUAGAGUCAGAACUAGCAAACGUCUGAUUAUGAUGUGCGCUAUAUUCAUGUACUUCAGCGGCAUGGGUUUUCGAAUAAUAAUCCCUCUGUCAACAGGAAAGAUCAUUACUUCUGAAAAUAUCACUAUCAGACCAUUACCUCACGUUGCCUAUCUCGUUUUAUUUGACGUGCAAAGUAGUCCAGUUUACGAAAUCGUGUAUAUCGUACAAUUUUUAUCAGGGCUUAUAAAGUAUACGAUUACGGUAACAACAUUUGGUUUUAUGACACUUUGCGCGAUGCAUUUCUGCGCGCAGUCAGAUAUACUUGUGACUUUAAUGAACGAUUUUGUGAACGAGAAUCAACCAAAAGAUUUGAACAAGAGAUUGGCUAUUGUCGUGGAGCGGCAAAUCAGAAUAAGAAACGAAUUAAUCCCGACUAUGCUUUAUGUAUUUAUGGUGUUGACAGACUUUCGUUUGAGGCUGAAAGUCAUGGCCAGCGGGAUCUUUACAAUAACAGAAAUUAUCAAGUACAGCUAUGCUGUACUUUACAAAAGUCAAGUGAAAAAUUGUCUAAUACUGAUUGAUGAAGAUUGGCGAAACGUCAUCAAUUCGAGUGAUCGCAAUUCGAUGAUUGACAGAGUUAAAACUUGCAAACAUCUAAUUGUAAUAUGCGCUAUAAUCGUGUAUGUGACCGGAAUGGCUGUCCGAAUGAUCAUUCCGUUAUCAGUGGGGAAGAUCGUUACUUCUCAAAAUAUCACUAUCAGACCACUGCCUCACGUUGCCUAUCUCGUUAUAUUUGACGUGCAACGUAGUCCAGUUUAUGAAAUCGUAUAUUUCGUACAAUUUCUAGCAGGACUUAUAAAGUACACAAUUACGAUAACAACAUUUGGUUUUAUGACACUUUGCGCGAUGCAUUUCUGCGCGCAAUCAGACAUACUCGUGACUUUAAUGAAUGAUUUCGUGAACGAAAAUCAACCGGAAAACUUAAACAAGAGAUUGGCUAUUGUCGUGGAACGACAAAUCAGAAUAAGAAAUUUCUUACAAUUGGUACAGAGUACUAUUCAGUACACAAGUUUAAUACAAAUCGUGGGAUCUACGAUGAUGAUAUGCUUAGUAGGAUAUUACGUUAUCAUGGUGCGCAAAAAAAAUUUUCGUUUGAGACUGAAAGUCAUGGCCAGCGGGAUAUUUACAAUAAUAGAAAUUAUCAAGUACAGCUAUGCAAUACUUUACAAGAGUCAAGUAAAAAACUGUCUAAUAUUAGUUGAUAAAGAUUGGCGGAACGUCAUCAAUCCGAAUGAUCGUAAUUCGAUGAUCGACAAAGUUAAAACUAGUAAACGUCUGAUUGUAAUAUGCGCCAUAAUCGUAUAUGUGACCGGAAUGGCUGUUCGAAUGAUCAUUCCGUUGUCAGUGGGGAAGAUCGUUACUUCUCAAAAUAUCACUAUCAGACCACUGCCUCAUGUUGCCUAUCUCGUUAUAUUUGACGUGCAACGUAGUCCAGUUUAUGAAAUCAUAUAUUUCGUACAAUUUCUAGCAGGACUUAUAAAGUACACGAUUACUGUGACAACAUUUGGUUUUAUGACACUUUGCGCGAUGCAUUUUUGCGCGCAGUCAGAUAUACUUGUGACAUUAAUAAAUAAUUUCGUGAAUGAGAAUCAAUCGGAAAAUUUGAACACAAGAUUGGCAACUGUAAUAGAGCAUCAAAUCAAAAUAAGGAAAAAGAAACCAUGUCAGAGCGUAAUACGCGAUAAUACACAUUCUAUACAAUGGGUAAUGUGUCUUCAAUUAUCAAAGAUAGUCGGAUUAGAUAUGGGAUUAGAAGCUAGCAUAUGGCCAUUUCCACGCACGAAUUCCCUUUUUCCGGAGCUGUUGGAAACGGUCGUGCUGGUCUUCGUGUGUUUUGCAUUUCUCUUCGGCGAAUUAAUCCCGAUUAUACUUUAUGUAUUUAUGGUGCUGACAGACGUUCGUUUGAGAUUUAAAAUCAUGGCUAAUGGAAUAUUUACGAUAAUAGAAAUCAUUAAGUACGGUUAUACCGUGUUUUACAAGAAUCAAGUGCGAAAUUGUCUAGUACUGGUUGAAGAGGACUGGCGAAACGUCGUCAAUCUAAAUGAUCGCAUCUCUAUGAUUGGCAGAGUCAGAACUAGCAAACGUCUAAUUGUGAUUUGCACUGUAUUUGUGUACUUGACCGGCGUGUGUGCCCGAAUGAUCAUUCCUUUGUCAGUAGGGAAAAUUGUUACUCCUCAAAAUGUCACUAUCAGACCACUGCCGUGUGCGGCCCAUCUCGUUAUAUUUGAUGUGCAACGCAGUCCAGUUUAUGAAAUCGUAUAUUUCAUACAAUUUGUAGCGGGAUUUGUAAAGUAUACGAUUUUGGUGGCAACCUUUAGUUUCGUGACACUUUGCGGGAUGCAUUUUUGCGCGCAGUCAGACAUACUUGUGACGUUAAUGAACGAUUUUGUGAAUGAGAAUCAAUCGGAAUAUUUGAACAAGAAAUUGGCCAAUGUUGUGGAGCAUCAGAUUAGAAUAAGAAAUUUCUUACGAUUGCUGCAGAGUAUCACUCAGUAUCCAAAUUUAAUAGAAAUCCUGGGAUCUACCGUGAUGUUAUGUUAUGUAGGAUUUUAUAUUAUUAUGGAAUGGGAAGAUCAUAAUGUUUUUCGUUUGAGCUUAUAUUUCAGUGGACUAACAAUGUUCUGUUUCAACAUAUUUAUUUACUGCUAUAUGGGCGAGCAAAUCAUUGAGCAGGGAGAAAAAAUAGCAUUAACAGCAUGCACUUUGGAAUGGCACCGUCUUCCGGAUAUAAAAGCACGAGCAUUGAUUUUACUUAUAUCUAUUUCCGAAAAACCAUUAAGACUCAAAGCAGGAAAUUUCAUUGAUCUUACCCUUAGAACAUUUGGCAAUGUUGUUAAGAUGUCUGUGACGUAUUUAAAUCUUCUUCGAGUUGAUUGA